AGAAAUGUGUUUUGGAUAGUCUAAAUAUUCCAAAUUUUUUGUCUGUGAAAUGAGAUAUGCAUGUUGAACGAAUCGCUUAAUGUUGGAGAAGAAUUUUGUAUUUUCUAAAAAAAAUCAAUCGUCAUAAUUUUUAAUAAAUUUGCGUCUUAUUGUUUCCAAUAAAUGUGUUUUUUUUUUCGAAUUACUUUUUCAACAACGUUAACUCGUAUUUGCUGACAAGUAAGACGUCGGCGCAUAUAUUUCAUUGAAUAGAAUCAAGAUUUUACGACGGAUAUCCAUAACAUCGUGCAAUCGUUACACUAUAGCCUUACAAAUGGCGGAUAAGGCUAUGAUGAAGCAAAUUGCGGAACAAAAACUUAAGGCUUUCUCCAUCGGUACUAUGGGUAAACGGCCAUUGAGUAAAAAAGAGCUGGAAGAACAACGUAAGAAGGAACAAGAACAAGCUGCGGCUCAGGCAUUUGAAGAAUUUGUGGCAACGUUUCAAGAAACACCAAGUAAAACAGCUAGCAAGGUAUGGGUUAAAGCAGGGACGUACGAUGCAGGCAAAAGACAGGAAGACACGAGGGAGAAGGGGAAACUUUAUAAACCACAAUCAAAAAUCUCAGAAAUAGUUGAUACCAGAUCAUCAGCGGAACAAGCUCAAGAAUAUGCAAGAUUGCUUGGAACGAAUGAACGAAAACUAGAUAGAUUGGGUAAAAAGAAAAAGGAAGGAGAAAAAAAGAAAAGCAAUCUUGAAUUAUUUAAAGAAGAGCUGAAGAUGAUACAAGAGGAACGUGAAGAGAGACACAAAUAUAAGGGUGUAGUGAAGACUGUAAUAUCUGCGCAAUCUGAAGAUCCAAUGUUGGCUGCUUUAAAAUGUGUGGAAGAUGGCUCAUUUGAUAAUGGUGAUCCAAAUACCACAAACUUGUACCUGGGAAAUUUAAAUCCAAAGAUCACAGAACAGCAACUGAUGGAAAUAUUUGGUAAAUAUGGUCCACUGGCUAGUAUAAAAAUAAUGUGGCCACGCAGUGACGAAGAGAAAGCCAGACAAAGGAAUUGUGGUUUUGUCGCGUUUAUGAGUCGUAAGGACGGAGAACGUGCAUUAAAAAAUCUUAAUGGUCGCGAUAUAAUGCAGUACGAGAUGAAAUUGGGCUGGGGGAAAAGUGUACCAAUUCCACCUUAUCCCAUUUAUAUUCCACCUGCUUUGAUGGAGAUCACGCAGCCACCACCCCCAUCUGGUCUUCCAUUUAAUGCUCAACCACAUCGUCGUGACAGGCACAAGAUUCCACGUAUCCGCAAUAUACAGACCGCGGAGCCGCAGGAAAAGGAAAAUUUUGAAAAGAUUUUGCAGAAUGCUGUUGUCAAAGUGGUGAUACCAACAGAAAGAAAUUUAGUGAUGUUAAUACAUAGAAUGGUUGAAUUUGUAAUUCGAGAAGGACCAAUGUUUGAAGCAAUGAUUAUGAACAGAGAAUUAACUAAUCCAAUGUUCAGAUUCUUAUUUGAGAAUUAUUCUCCUGCACACACUUAUUAUCGCUGGAAAUUAUAUUCUAUCUUACAAGGGGAUGGACAGAAAGAAUGGCACACAGAAGAUUUUAGAAUGUUCAAAGGUGGAAGUGUAUGGAGACCACCACCAAUCAAUCCUUGGACACAAGGCAUGCCGGAUGAAUUAAUAGAAAUGGAAGAGAGACAAGAACCAAGGAGGGGUAGUCUUUCAAUCAGUCAGCGAGAUCGUUUAGAAGAUUUGUUGAGAAAUAUAUCACCUGAACGAAUAAAAGUAGCAGAAGCAAUGGUAUUUUGUAUAGAACAUGCAGAAGCAGCAGAGGAGAUUUGUGAUUGUAUUUCAGAAUCAUUAUCAAUAUUACAAACUCCUGUAAAUAAAAAAAUUGCAAGAUUAUACUUGAUAUCUGAUAUAUUACAUAAUUGUGGAGUCAAAGUGACUAAUGCCACUAUUUAUAGAAAAGCAUUUGAGACACGUCUUCUAGAUAUUUUUAGCGAAGUUCAUCAAGCAUACAAGCAGUUUGAUAGUAAAUUAAAGGCAGAAGGAUUCAAAGUCCGUGUUAUGCGAAUGUUUAGAGCAUGGGAAGAUUGGACAGUUUACCCAAGAGAUUUUCUUGUUAAAUUACAAAAUACAUUCCUGGGACUUGUUUUGAUGGAUGAACCUGAGCCUGAAAAUGAUGAAGAUAUUGAUGGUGCACCAUUAUCUGAUGUUGAUGGUGACGGUACUGAAGAUUUAGAUGGUGUACCACUUGACGGUGCAACCCUGUUGAAAGGUGCCAUGAAACAUGGCCUCACAUCUCAAGCAACUUCAAAUUACGAUGAUAUUGAUGGAGUGCCUAUGGAUGAAGAUAUUGACGGAGUACCAAUGGAUGAUGACAACAAUGUAAACACGCGAAAUAAGGAAGACGAAAAGAAAUCGACAAUACCAGCUGGAUUUGUUCCUUCACGAUGGGAAACUGUUGAUCCCGAUCAGGUCGAGGCACAAGCAAUGACUACCAGUAAAUGGGAAGAAUUAGGUCAAAAUGAAGAUUCUAAUUCUCAAGAUACUAGUAUGGAUUCUAGUGGUAGGGAUUAUAAUGAAGAAAGGCGAAAUAGAUUACGUGAAAUUGAAGUAAAAAUUAUGCAAUAUCAGGAUGAAUUAGAAAGUGGUAGAAGAACAUUAAAGUCUGGUAUGACGAUACAAGCACAAGUAGAGCAUUAUAGAAAAAAACUUAUAAGAAAGAGCGAGAGAGAAAUGAAGGACAUAAAAAGCGAAGAACGUGAUGAUGAGAAACGAAGGGAGAAGAAAAGAAGCCGAAGUACCACACCAGAAUCUCCUAGUCACAGCUAUCGUAGACGAUCCUCGGCAAGUCCAUCGUCCAAAAGUGUAAGAUAUAGAUCACGCAGUAGAUCGCCACGUUGCAAACGUAGAUCAAGAUCUCCAUAUAAAAAACGUGUACCGGUAACCCCGUCCCCUCCUCGUAUUCGACGUACACCAUCGCCUUCCUUUUCUUCAGGCAGAGGAUCACGCAGAUCGCCCACUAAUGAACGUUGUGAUAGGAAAAGAUCACGUAGAUCACCCUCUUUAUCGCCUCCACCGCCUCCACGUACUUCCUCUAAACAUAGAGCUUGUAGUCCGCCUUCCCCGCGUAAGCGACACAAGCAUAAAUAUUAAAUUACAUAUAUACACAUUGUUGUAGAAUAAUUACACAGCAGUUUUUCACAAAAUAAUUCUUCAAGAUACUUUUUUAUUUUCUUUUAGAUCAGAUAACAUUUAUUAUCUUA